GCCGCUAGCUGAGUGGACGAGCGUGAGGAUGAAUACAACAUUAUGAUUAAAUUUGGGUGAAGAUAAUGCAGAACAACAUUAACGCCACUAUUAAUUUCAUCACUGUUCGUUUACAUCCAUCAACAUUGCGCAAUACGUGGCGCCAUGUUCGACCAGGAUUCCAGGGUGAUCCAGAGCGCCUUCCUGCACGCCAUCCAGCACUACAGUCAAAACACCGCGGGCAGGAGGCUUCAGCUUCACGCCUUUGUGGGCAUCAUCAGUAUGGCGGAUGCCUUCAAGAUCUCCAGACUGAACAUUGAGAGAAUGGAGCGGGUGGAGCCUAUUCUGAAGUUCUACGUGGGGCCAACUCUCCUCCACUGGGCGGCAUCAAAGGGCUACCAUGACCUGGUGGUUGACCUCCUUGUUCGGGGCUUGUCUGUGGAUGCUUGUGACCGGUUGGGCCGCACUCCACUGGGGCUGGCCACCUUUGCCGGCCACUCUAGCACUGUCAGCACCCUGCUGCAGGAGAACGCCGCUCUCUCUGCUGAAGACAAGGACUGGAGAAUAAUAUCGCGUGAGGAGGUUGGUCUCUGCUUAGUUCGGGUCAUUGAAGAAACUGCCGUGUGUUCCUUUGACGCGGCGAGGUCAGAAUGCUUCACUCUGCUCUACCUGGCCGCCCAGCAAGGCUACCCGAACAUGAUGCAUCGGCUUCUGUCCCUGAAGGUAUCACCAGACGUACGUAACAACCAAGGCGAAACCCCGCUGUUUGUCACGAGCCUGGCAAUGCCCUCUUCCCCCCUUCACAUCACAAGGCACUGGGGUCAGGUCAGGUCAGGUGAACUUGAAAUCGUACAACAGCUUCCCCCCCACACAGGCCUACCAAGACCUGCCAGCACCAUAUGAGGGACAUGGAGAUCAGAAAAUAUUAUGACCUUAAGCACAUUGGUGAUGAGGGUCACGAUCACCAACGUCAUGGAGGCCAUACUUGAGUCGGCCUUUCAGUUAAUUCUGCAGCUGUAUAUCGUUGGGACGCAUUACACUGAGCUGGACCAGGUUCUCAAAACUCAGAGGGCUGACUAUUUUAGACACACUGCCCCUCCUGUUCACAAUAUUCUUCCAGGUGGUGUCCCACGCCAUCGCCUGUACAGUGUUCACUCUGGCACACACGUGGAAGGUGUUUGUGGUGUUGGGUGUACACUUUGUGAUGGUGCUGGUAUUUAAACUCAAGCUGGAGGAGAGGUGAGGAUGUGUGUGUGUGUGUGUGUGUGUGUGUGUGUGUGU